CCAAUAUAUAAGUACAACCAAUACCUUUGUCGUCAUAACAAGUUGUCCAGCUACGAAUGUUUCAUGUGUACUGUUUCUAUUCCCGGUUGCUUCAACAUCUGCCUUACGUUGUCGUGUGCAAACUGUCCCCAUCUGAACAUUUGAGAAUUGACAAUGUGUUGAUGUAUACCAACGAAGCGGUUGGAUCGCAAACAUGACUGCCAGCCUUGAACCUCGGAAAAUAGAUGAAGUUGUUGUAAAAUCCUUCAGAGUAAUGUUACGUUGACAGAUCAGUAGGUAUACCAUGAAACUGAAAAUGGCGUGCCGUGUGAAUCGUUGUCGAUCAUACCUGGUGGCUGCACUGAUGGUGAACCUGGUGAUACUUGUGUAUCUGGCAUUCAUACAGCACACACAGACAGACACCAGCACCAGAGUCAAGAGGACUACCCUACGUCCAUUUCAUAAUGAACAGCUGAGCAUCAGUCAAGUUCAUCCGUCAGCUGAAUCUGACGUCACUGUCAUCAUCAGGGAAUACGAGGAAUUUGAGAAUGACCUUGUAAAUUCAAUUGUAAAUAUACAGAAAACCUUCAACCAAAUUAAUGUUGUAGUUAUUGGGGAUAAGAAUCCAUACCCUCCCUUACAGACGGGAGCUAUUGUGAAAGAGAGAUUCCAGUUUGUUUCUCUUUCUGGUAAUAUCUGGCAUAAUAUGUCCUCCUCAAGACCAGAAUCUUUCAUCAAAACAAAGUAUGUGAUGAUUGUGCCUGACUCGACAUCUAUAACAGAUGUGACAAUAUUCAAUCAACUGGUGAAAAUUCUUAAAAAUCAUUCUGCCAAAAUCAUAGCAAUUCCAUUUAAGAAUUCCCAAACAUUCUGCAGUCCAGUUAUGGUGAACUUCAAAACAUGGACACUAGAAUAUGUGCUUCCCAAACCCUCGGACGAAGCAUGUAACAAUGUUCUUGGGGAUCAUGCAGUGUUUAUGAAGACUGACAGUUACUUUCAGCUUUCUCAGCCAUAUAUACGUCCUUUGCCUUUGUCCUUGUACAUACAAGGGGCAAUUAAACAGUGGACAGCAGCAGUUGUUAACACGGACAACCUAACAACCCUGACCAACUUGUACCAGACUGACCCUCGUAACCGCUGGCAACACAAACGGAAUCGCCAGGAUCGACAAGAAUAUAUGUACCGACAACUAGGUUUUAAAUUGGUUAUUCAAGACAGCGGACGCAGACAGUGGUAUGGCUGUACUAAAGACACAACUAGAUGCUUUGACACAGUCAUCAAUGAUAUGCCAGAAUAUCUGUAUGAGAAUCGCUGGACUCCUCCAUGCUGUCUUCGAGCUCUACGGGAAACGGCCAAACAUGUGUUCAGUAUACUUGAGUCUUGUGAAGCCAGGUUUUGGCUGGAAGGGGGUAGUUUGCUCGGAGCUGCUCGAAUUGGUGACAUCAUUCCAUGGGAUUAUGAUGUGGAUGUAGGUAUUUAUAGGGAAGACUUAAACAAAUGUGAUUAUCUUCGACAGUGUAUGCAAGGAUCUUAUGUUGAUGAGAGUGGGUUUGUGUGGGAGAAAGCCAUAGAAGGGGACUUUUAUAGAGUACAAUAUAGUGAGACGAACAGACUCCAUGUGGAUAUUUUUCCAUUUCAUUCUAGGAAUGGGACAAUGACUAAAUACACUUGGUUAAAAUCUCACAGACAAGAUACUGAAUUUCCGGAACAUUUCCUACAACCCUUAUCUACCAUCAAGUUUGCUGGUUUGGAAGCCAAGGCUCCAAAUAAUGUGAAGGGCUUUCUUGAAUUUAAAUUUGGACCAGGCGUAGUCGAGAAUCCCAAAUAUCCAAAUUCCCAAGACCCAGUAUGAUUCUACUCUUUUUACUGUAAUUUACUUUACUAUAUUCAUCAGCAUUAUCAAAUAAAGUUUUAUGUGUUUGUCA